GUGGCUGAAAAAUAUCAAAAAUGGCUAGGGAAAGUGAAAAUGGAUUAUCAGGUGAAUUACGAAGGAAGCCGACCAUUAAGUCCGAAUUAUGAAUCGUUAGUUAAGGAAUAUUUCAAGGCGGACUCGAAUAUUGUACCAAAUAGAACAGAGCCAGUGAUAAAGAUCACUACAUAUUGGAAAUUUCACGAUCGAAUCAUUAAAAGAAUCCUUCCCAAAGAAAUCUCCAAAGCUCUGUUUAAGAAUAAUAUAACUCUGACAGAUCCCUGGCAGUACGAAUUCGAUGCAAAAAACACAAAACAAGCUGAUUUUAAAAUCUCAGAAAAUAAGACAGUGCCCGUACAGAUGAUGCAUCAGAGAAACGUCUUUCGGGCUGCCUACUUUUCCGACCUUCAGGCCACUGUGGUGGAGCUGCCAUUUCACAGUCGCCAGAUGUCUUUACUUUUAUUUUUACCCAACAAAGUGGAUGGCCUGUGGGAAAUGGAGAAAAAGAUUUCCGACUUCUCAGAACCUUUGAACACCGCAGAAGCGAUCCUUGCCUUGCCCAAGCUACGCUAUGGAUGGAGACUGCGUAUAUCUGAAAGACUUGAGGAGCUUGGUCUAGGGCCGUUAUUUACAAAUGAGGCUGACUUCAACCUGUUUGGUAAUUUAAGUUCCAAGCUCGGCGACAUAUUUCAAAAUGUCUUCCUGGAACUAAAAGAAAAAGGGGCCCAAAGUGCCCCACCAUCUUCACAAAAGGACACAAAAAGGUCAGCUCCGGUGGUGUUUUCCUUCAAUCGGCCCUUUGCUUUUCUAAUAAAGGACGAGAGUACCACAUAUUUUCAGGGACAUGUUAUAGAUCCUUCGAAAAUCAAUCAAGUUAAUAUGGAGUAGAUACUCGAUUUUGUGAGCCGAUAUUUUAGUGAUAUUAAAAAUAAAUGUAAAAAUGGUUA